UUCUCGCUCAGUUCACAGUCGUGUAACGUUCUCCUUGAAAUCAUACCGAACCGUGCCCUUCUUCCGUCCCUCCUUGAUCCUUAGCCGUUAGGUUUCCGUCCUUCUUUCUUCGCCGCCCUUUCUCGGAAAACCGCUUCUGUGCGACUUUCCGAUAUAUAACACUUUUUUUUUUAUAGAUCUGCAUGGUGGGAUUUUUAUUCGACUCUUAGAUUUGCGUUUGGUUUGAGUUGUUUGUAGUAAUCUCUCAUUUCUAAUCACAAUAAUUAACUUCUUCUGAGCGGUCGGCGUGGGGAUUUCCGGGUCGAUUAGGGGUCAGUUUGGGGCGGAUUGUCUUUUGAUUCAGGUGUUUUUUUGCUUCUUUUGAGGGGGUAGCCGGGGCUCCGGCCUCGGCGGGUUCUAAAGCCCCCACCUUUACGAAAUCGGAGAAAAAUACUGCUAUAACACACCAAUCUGUACAAACAAGCUACCUUUUCUUCCUAAUUCUUUGAUUCUUUUUUUUUUUCUCACUUUUCCGGCCGACCUUAAGCUAAACAGAUCCAUCGGGGAAGAGAUGCCGGCCCUGGCAUGUUGCGUAGACGCUGCUGUCGCUCCUCCUCCCGGCUAUGCCUUCGCCUGGGAUAGAUCUCUUCCCGCGCCGGAGGCUCUUGUCUCCUCCGACGCACCUCUGCCAACAAACGACGUCCCUCCCACCGUCGAUCUUUCCCAUUGGUCUCCCGCCAUGUCUUCUGCCCUUUACAGGAUUGAUGGGUGGGGUGACCCUUAUUUCACCGUUAACUCGUCCGGUGAUAUCUCUGUUAGGCCUCACGGUGCGGCCACGCUCUCCCACCAGGAGAUUGACCUUCUCAAGGUCGUGAAAAAGGCUUCAGACCCGAAACAAUUGGGCGGGCUGGGAUUGCAGCUCCCUCUAAUCGUGAGAUUUCCAGAUGUGUUGAAGAACCGGCUUGAAUCUCUGCAAUCCGCUUUUAAUUUUGCUGUCGAGUCCCAGGGAUACGAGUCGCAUUACCAAGGUGUGUAUCCUGUGAAAUGUAAUCAGGAUAGGUUUGUGGUGGAGGACAUCGUGAAAUUCGGGUCGUCCUUCCGGUUUGGAUUGGAAGCCGGGUCCAAACCAGAGCUCUUGCUGGCGAUGAGCUGUCUCUGCAAGGGAAGCCCUGAUGCUCUCCUGAUAUGCAACGGAUUCAAAGAUGCUGAGUACAUUUCACUUGCCUUGGCUGCAAGGAAGCUCCUUUUGAACACAGUGAUUGUGCUUGAACAAGAGGAGGAAGUGGAUUUGAUAAUUGAAAUCAGCCGGAAAAUGGCGGUUCGUCCGGUGAUUGGUCUCCGGGCCAAGCUGAGAACCAAGCACGCGGGCCAUUUCGGGUCAACUUCGGGCGAAAAAGGCAAGUUCGGGUUGACCACAACCCAGAUUCUCCGUGUUGUGAAAAAGCUACAAGAAUCUGAAAUGAUUGAUUGUCUUCAAUUGCUGCAUUUUCACAUCGGAUCUCAGAUCCCAUCCACGGCCCUGCUCGCAGAUGGGGUUGGUGAGGCCGCCCAGAUUUACUGUGAAUUAGUCCGCCUUGGCGCCUGCAUGAAAGUCAUCGAUAUAGGCGGCGGGCUCGGAAUUGAUUAUGACGGUUCCAAAUCAGCUGAUUCUGAAGUCUCUGUUGGGUAUACGCUCCAAGAAUACGCCUCAGCUGUUGUUCAAGCAGUCCGCUUUGUCUGCGACCGAAAGGGCGUUAGCCACCCCGUGCUUUGCAGUGAAAGUGGCAGGGCAAUUGUUUCUCAUCACUCCAUACUCGUAUUCGAAGCUGUUUCUUCAAGCUCCAACAAGUUAAUGCAGCAGCUUCCUAAUGCCGGGCUUCAAUCCUUCGUCGAGAGGCUUAACGAUGAUGCCCGGGCAGAUUACCAGAAUCUUUCUGCUGCUGCGAUUCGUGGCGAGUAUGAAACGUGUGUGCUCUAUGCUGAUCAGCUCAAACAGAGAUGUGUUGAUCAAUUCAAAGAAGGGUCUUUGAGCAUUGAACAAUUGGCAGCUGUUGAUGGGAUUUGUGACCUAGUUUCAAAGGCCAUUGGUGCUUAUGAUCCUGUCUGCACUUACAAUGUCAAUUUGUCUAUCUUCACUUCAAUUCCUGAUUUCUGGGCUAUAGGCCAGUUAUUCCCAAUUGUUCCAAUCCACCGUCUGAAUGAACGUCCCGGGGUUCGGGGCAUAUUGUCGGAUUUAACCUGUGACAGUGAUGGGAAGAUUGAUAAGUUCGUUGGGGGUGAAUCAAGCUUACCUCUUCAUGAAUUGGGAGGAGGCAAUGGAGGGCGGUACUAUUUGGGUAUGUUCUUGGGCGGGGCUUAUGAGGAGGCACUUGGAGGAUUCCACAACCUGUUUGGAGGCCCUAGCGUUGUUCGUGUGUCGCAGAGCGACGGCCCUCACAGCUUCUCUGUCACGCGGGCAGCUCCUGGGCCUUCCUGCGCGGAUGUGCUCCGAAUGAUGCAGCACGAGCCCGAGCUCAUGUUCGAGACUCUCAAGCACCGUGCAGAGGAAUUCCUGCACGACGAGGACAAUGGCGGGAUGGCCUUCGCCUCCCUCGCCACCAGCCUCGCGCAAUCUUUCCACAACAUGCCUUACCUUGUUGUCGGCUCUACUUGCUGCCUCACUGCUGCCACCACCAACGGCAGUUACUAUUAUGGCAACGACGUGAGUGCUGCUAAUCCUAUUGCAGAUUCCUCGCCCGGUGAGGAUGAGCACUGGUCUUAUUGUAUCGCUUGAGUUUGUCUCGGCAUCCCCAUUUCCGCCAUUUUUAACUUGUGUGGUUUAAGUUUGUUGUCUGAGGUUGUCGUCUUCUGUUUUAUUAAUUAUUGGUUGAGCUAUUAUUGUAUUUCCCUUUCUAGUAGUAGCAGGCCGGAAGGAAAGAAGGAAUUGACUCUGUUGUUCAAUUCCCCCUCUCCUCUGUUAUCAUCAUCUUUAAUAAACAUCAGUUUCUAGUCACA